GAGUGCUGAGCAAACCCAGCACUCUAUGGCAGGAAGAGCAAGAGAGAGGCGGAAGAAAAGGAGGUGUGACCACAACAUGCACUUUUAGAAAAAGCUGCUCUGUAGCUACAAGUCGAAAAGCGACAGAAAACCUUUUUUUAAAGUCUUUUCUCUUUGGAACUUUUCUAUUUUUCUUAUUCCAUGAGUGCUGCAAGUGUGCUCAGAUCUUUCAGUCCAUCAGCAAUGCCUGGCCCAGUAAUGCCGAUGGACGUGGCUAUGAGAUUCUACAUCAGCCACUCUCCGCCUCCUCUCCGAGGUUUCCUCAGCUCCUACGAGGAGCUGCAGAGGACCAAGAACAGGGUCAACCAGUCCACCGCCCGCAGCCACAACCAGCAGCUCUACAAACCCCUGCGGCCAUGCCUCAGCAACCAGCAGAAAGCGGUGGACGAUGGCGGCUGUGUGGGCUGGAACAACGACAAGGCCGGCAAGAAGAAGGUGGUGUUCGCAGACACGAAGGGCAUGUCACUCACCGCCAUCCAUGUCUUCUCCAAGUUCGACGACGAGCCGUAUCAAAGCAAGCGCAGGGGAAUCAGCGAGGAUCUGCAGUUUGACAUGAUAGACCUGGAAACAGCCACAAUGGAUCUUAAGAUCAGCUCGAUGCGGAACCUGGCACUGGACUUUAAACAGCCCUCAGCCGACUACCUGGAUUUCCGGAACCGCCUGAUUCAGAACUCAGUCUGUUUGGAGAACUGCUCGCUGCAGGAGCGCUCGCUGACCGGCACCAUCAAGGUCCGGAACAUGGGGUUUGAGAAGUCGGUGCAGUUGCGCUCCACCUUGGACUCGUGGGUCACCUUCACUGACGUUGAGUGCACCUUCAUGAACAACGUCUACAGCUGCCAGGAUUCUGACACCUUUGCAUUCGUUUUGGAGCUGCCCACCCAAAUCCCACCACAGAAUCGCGUCGAGUUCUGCAUCUGCUUCAAAUCCCAGGGCCAGACCUUCUGGGACAAUAAUGAUGGCAAGAACUACAUUCUCAAGCACGUCGGCUGGAACGGAGAGGACCUGAAUAUUCGGACGCCCCCAACUUCUGUUGAGCAGAAGAAGCCAUCAGAGCAAAAAAACGAGGGUGUGAAGGUACUGGAGAUGGAGUUUGACCAGUUUGGCAGCCCACGCAUGUCCAACGGACUCUUUCCUGGCUGGCAGAGCUGGGGUCAGAUUGAAAACGCCGUGCCUUAUUGGUGAAAACAUUGUUUGCUGAAAUGGCAUUGGAAUAAGAUAACAGACACUGACAGGGCAUUCAGUGAGAUUCCAGCUGUGUUUGAGCUUAGACUGGCUCUCAGCCACAAGCUAAACUGAAGCAAACAACCUCCGCUUUUUUAGCAGAGGAUGUGUACAAACCAGACAGAAACCUAACUGUAAUGUGCUCAACUGACCUGCUUCUUGCUGUAACAUGGUCAUUUGGCCCGAGAGACCUAAUGAUCUGUGGUUGGAGGAUGAGGGAUACAUGGGGAAAAUCAUUUUUCACAUAUUUCUCUUUUGUAAAAUAUGAAUGUGCCUUCUCAGAGUGCCUGCCCACUAAAAUACAGACAAUUUGUACAACCCACAACUAAUGUUGAGCCCCUUUUGAGGGCCUGAUGUAUUGGUUAAAUAUGCACUGAUUGAGAUGUCCCUCUCAAUGUGAUGUCUGUAAACUGAAGAAGUGUAAAUGGAGCUGAUUAAGUCCUUCAUAUUGAAGGGAAAGUACGGGGAGUGCUAGCGACAAACUGCUUCUCUACUAAAAUAAUGAAAAAAACACACUAAACGUUUGCACCUUCAAAUGAGAAAAUAAUUAAACAUGAUUCAAAAUGGCCUUCAUUUUUAAAUCUUGAGUCAUGUAGCCCUUUCUUUCCCUCCGUGUAAAUUGCACAUGUCUGAUGAGAAAUGUUUGGGUGGUGUAAUAUUGAGUUAAGAUUGUGGACGAACAGAGCUGCUAUCAACAGAUGUGUCACAAGAGAGCCUCUGCACGUGAUUGGUUGUCUUGAACGAGGAAGACGUUUGGAACUUUCAGUGGUUAAAGUAUGUCAAAAAAGUAUGAUCGAAGACGAAUGUUAAUAUUUGUGCGAUUCUGUGAUGAGUGUACAGUAUGUGUGGCUGGAAGGGGGAUUUUUUUCUGUUUUGAAACAAUCUAUGUUUUUCUCGCUGUGAAGAGAGGUCUGUGCCCCAGCAUUUUAUUACACUUGAAGGUGUGUGUGUCAUGUAUUUCCCUUUCAGAAAUAAAUUUCUAUAUUUGUGCUAAAAUA